AUGAUUGAUGGUAAAGAAUGUGAAGCAUGGCCUCUCAAUCCUGAAGAAACGCAACAUGUAAGCCAAGAGGGAGCACCUGCUGUCAGUCUUACAUCUUCAAUAGAUUUUGAUAUGGUGAAUACAUCAUCUCAGGCUAAUGAGAAAGUCACUUUCUCUGUAACCAAGAAGUUUUCAUCUGGCGAUCCUGAAAAUUGCCAAACUAUUCAAGAAAUCAUCUGUAUUGCUGCAGCUGCUGCUAAGUCCGUUGAGGCAAAAAACUCUACGAACACCAGUCCUGUGGCUUCUCCAGCACUGAACAGAGCUCCUUCUCUCUCAAGCACCUCCAAUGCAGCUUCUCCAGCUGCGCAGUCAUUUCCCAUUCACCCUAUUUCAUUUUGCAGAUCUGCUGCUGUUUCCGCAAAUGUGUUUUUUGCCUAUUCGCUUCAACGGUUCCUUGAGAAGAGACGGGACAGAUUGGUCAGCAAGAACCCUUACCCUACUUCAGACAAGAAGGCAGAUGUCCCAAGUGACAAUGCUUCUAUUAAGGAGGAGUAUCCGACUGCUUAG